AUGGCCAACAUGACCAAACCUCGCGAAGCACUUGUAUUCCCCCCCGACAAAUCCUCAUCGAUAGACCUUUAUAUCCCACCGUCAUCUACAUCAUCCCAGUCAACGCCUACCAAACCUUUUGUCACAUUGACCUACGCAACCUCCCUCGACUCCUCUCUCGCUCUCUCCCCUGGCGUUCAGACCGCCCUAUCUGGUCCGGAGUCGAAAGCAAUGACGCAUCAUCUCCGCUCUAGACACGAUGCUAUUCUCAUCGGGUGCGGAACUGCCAUUGCCGACGAUCCGAGCUUGAACUGUCGAAUUGAGGGGGUGGGUGGGUAUGGAGGGAAAGGGCUGGAAGGGCAACCGAGACCUAUAGUAUUAGAUCCGAGGGGAAGAUGGGAUGUCAACCAUGAGAGUAAAGUUGUCAAGCUGGCCGCGGAAGGGCGGGGAAAGGCACCGUGGGUGUUUACCCUGGGUGAAGUAGGACAUGAGAGAAAUCAUAUUUUGGAAGAUGUCGGUGGACAAUUUGUCAGGAUUGGGGGUGGAGAUGUGCUGGAGUGGGACGACAUCCUGAGGGUCCUCGCAGAGAAGGGGCUCAAGAGUGUGAUGAUCGAGGGCGGCGGCCAUGUUAUUAAUUCUCUACUUUCACCCAAAACCGCUCAUCUUGUUGAUACGGUAAUCAUCACCCUAGCACCCACCUGGCUAGGGAAAGGAGGCGUAGCCGUGAUUCCAGAUGAAAGGCGGGACGAGCAGGGCACCAAGUUGGCAGUAGGGAGACUAAAGGAUGUGAAGUGGGUUCCGCUGGGGGAGGAUGUGGUGCUGUGUGGGAGGAUGUGAUCACGAAAAUAGCGAAGACCAUCCUCUAGACAAGGCCGCGUAGAACGGUCCAGCGCGAUUACGUCUCGAGUUCUGUUUGCUGCGCCCAAGGAAGAAGUUUUGAAACCACACCAUCCACCACAAGGGCUCUCACGGUUGAUUCCAGACCCUGGGUCAGUUGAGAUGCUACCGCGUCAUCCCACCCACGCGACUUUCUCUUGCUAUGCAAACCCUCGCCGAUUCCCAAGGGGUCCUGCUGCCAAGGUGCAAACCCAUAUCGUUCUUCACCUCGAAUAGUCUCCUCAUGAUCAGCUUCAGACAUGACGGGAUCGAUUCCCUGCACUUGCAACCGAGUUGACGGCCAGUUGAUCGCAGGACCAUGCAGGUUUAAAAAUCGUUUAGCCUUGAAUGCAUGCGUAAUGACCCGAAUCUGUUUGGGAUAUCUACCUGUGGUGCGUCGAAACAGUAGAAUGCUAAACAAUAAAUUCUGCAGAGAGUCGGUCGCAUGCUCUUCCAACAGCAAGCGGCCUCUGGCGAAAAGCGCGUGUGCUUGUCCACCUCCUGGAUUGCCUUGAGCAAGCUCAUGGGCAAGUGCAGCGUGAUAAUACGAGCGAGCUUCGCUGAGAGUAAGUGUCGACUUCGUGGCACCGCCGCUCAAGACCAAUACGGCGCGGCCCGCAAGUGCUGCGCUUUGCAAUGCGUCACAGCCGGCCAGUACAUGCGCAACAAAAGUCUCAUGCUCGCCGGGCUUACCCGAUUCCUCGCUGGAUUUUUGGAAGGGUGCAAGAUGCCAGUUGCGUUCAUCAUGCGGACUGUGUAAAGGGAAGCUCGGAACGGAAGCGUCCGGGUGAUAUAUGGCGUGGCAACAAACAACGACCAGAUGAUCGAUCUCGUCAUAAGUUGGCGGGGGAAUCACGUGUUGGGGAUGUUGAAAAGUUGAGGUGUUGUCUGGAGGAUCAGGGCAUGUGCUGGGUGGACCUUGGUAUUUGCUGGCAUCUAGGGCCUCCCCAAUUUGCUGUUGAUUGCGGAAUCGAUGGGACCUCGAUUUGGGCAGUGUUCUGGAAGGUGUGGCUGGUGACAUGUUGGAAGGGGAGGAGUCGUGCGGGAAGUCAAGCCAAGCUUGAUUACCGACUGCUUCGGACAACGGUGUAGUUGGAAAGCGGAUCCUGCCUGUCAGCAAGGGUGAAUGCACACUUUUGAUGGCUUCAAUAGGUGAGGAGAGGUCGGUUGGUUGGUAGGUAAGUAAAUAGCAAGCAGCAACAGGG